ACCAGUGUACACUGCACUUUAAAAGAUAAAGAUGUCUAUGGCUAGACUAUUUAUUAUUCAUUCACUCAUUCGUUCAUACUGGUUUAUACCAUGCUGCAUUUUUAUUGGUUGAGGUGCAUUAGAAUUUAAUUUUAUUGGCUGAAGUUACGCGUGGGGGACCAAUUAGAUCAAAGUUCAAAAAGAAAAACAAGCGUCCAUUUUCUAAUGAAGUCUCCUUCAAUCAAUCUGACAUUUACGGAAUAAUGCUAAUUUAACGUCGAUUUUAGGAUAAUUCUAGUAAUUGUUAAAUGUAAUAGUGAAUGUUGGUUCAAUAUUCUUGAUUACUAAAUUGUAAUAAAUACAUUAUGAUAGGUUUGUGACAUUGCGCGGGAUACAUCACAUGAUAAAUUUCAUGCGAUCCUAAUAUGACAAGGUCUGUUACAAAACAUUGGUAACACGAGCCCAGUCUGUCCAGUUUUGUUUGUAUCAGGUUAGACCACUUCGAUGGUGCUCCGUGAUCAUCUUUCAGCGCUUAUCAAGUUCAAGUUGAAAUGGUUCGAGCCAAUACCUUGAUGGCGGGCCAGGAGGGAGUGAAGACCCCGCACCGCAUUGAGCUGUGCGAGGAGCAGCCUGACAGACCUACGCGAAAUUAUAGAAAGCGCAGGAUCAUAGCUACCACACAGUCAAAGACUGAGAAUGCUGUAGUGAAGACUGAGCGGCCAUCCAAGAAGGUCGAGCACAAGUCCAAGCCCCUGAAGACUAGCAACGGUAUUAGCAACAUGACUAACGGCCACUCGGUGCGGUCAAGAGCGGCCCGCGCCGCCGCGCGCGCUGCCGAAAGCCACAAACUGACUGAAUACUUCAAGGAGGAGCUCAAGAGCCCCAAGGUUGAGCCUCCACCGUCACCGCCACGCUUAGAUAAGACUGUGAACAUAGAACCUAAAGUUGUCAACGGCACUGCCAACCAUAAGCUAACAGAAUACUUCCCCGUGAGAAGGAGCGUCAGAAAGACCUCGAAAUGCGUGAUGGCCGAGAAAAUGCGCGAUCUUGAGAGGGCCGUGAGAGAACAGAGAGAAGAUGGACUGCAGGUAGCAUACUUCGAAGGCAAAGGGCGCGGCGUGAUCGCGACGCGAGCGUUCGGCCGCGGGCAGUUCGUCGUCGAAUACGCCGGCGAGCUGGUGGGCGUUGCCGAGGCGCGCGAACGCGAAGCGCUGUACGCGCAGGAUCCCAGCGCUGGAUGCUAUAUGUACUACUUCAGACAUGGCGACCAGCAGUACUGCAUUGACGCGACAGCCGAGUCGGGCCGCCUGGGCCGGCUGCUCAACCACUCGCGCAACGGCAACCUGGUGACCAAGGCGCUGUGGGUGGACGGGCCGCGGCUGGUGCUGCUGGCGGCGCACGACAUCGCGCCGGGCGAGGAGCUCACGUACGACUACGGCGACCGCUCCAAGGAGUCGCUGCAGCACCACCCCUGGCUCGCGCUCUGACCUGGGCAUGUCUCCAAAAAUCUCAGUUGGACUACUAAACAUUAUUUAUUAAUUUAGUUUUAGUUAUUAUGAAGUUUGUUAACAAAGUUUCUGUUUAAGAUUGGACAACUGUGUAUUGUUAAGUAUUGAGACAAGUGGCCUAACUCUAGUUUUGAUAUGUGACCGGGUGUAUGGUUAAAUGAUGGAAAAUACUGCCUUAUGCCACUCGUGUUAAGAGCGACAGUCGUACGUCUAAGUUGUUAGUAUAAGUGAGGGAGAUGUUCCAAGGUAUAUUCUAUGGGACUGUUUUAUAUCAAAGAUGUUUAGAGCUGUUGUAAUAUCUGAGGCCUUUUAUGGGAAACUGUUAGAUUUGAUCUUUGAAAGACAGUAUGAAUAACGUAUACGGAGGUGAAGUUGUGAUGUGACACUUUGUUGUCACUGCAUUAGACUCGCCAAAUAUUGGAGCCAAUUAUGUGUAUAAACUUGCAUGGAGUCACUACGCCACGCCACGGCCAAGUUCGGCAAAGACUUGAGAGGGAAGGAAUGUCUAAAGUAUUAUGGUAUUGCUACCUGAUCGCACUGAGAAUGACUAGUCUCGCGAGCACCAACUAGCACAACGUCAAGCCACAAAAUCGAAGGCUAAGCCAGAGACGCUGAUCACAUGGUACAAAGGAAAUCACAAUCUUGCGAAUGUAUUACUUAUUAUGACAACAAUAAGACGUGUUUUUGAACAACAAAACUAUUGUUGAUAACACAAUACUGGUCGCGACACCAACUCGAAUAAUCUUUAUAAUUAUUGUUAGAAUACUUUUAAUGUUUAUUUAAAUGACAGAUAGACGCCAGGUUGUAAGUGUUGCUCAUUUGUGUAUGAUCCUACUCAAAUUUCUCGAAAUUCAUUUUCUUGUUAUUUGCUGUCACCAAUAAAGAUUGAGAUAAGAAAUUCGUGCCGUAUAUUAUAUUAAUUCUUAGAACUGCCCACCGAAAUCGAAUCGGUCACCACAUUUCAUAAAUCAUUUUAGUUUAAUGAGGAGGAAUUGUCUUAGCUAUAGCUGCCACCGAACAAAAAUAUUUUAUAGUUAUAAAAAACUAACGUAAGCCUGCGGCUUCGUUCGCGCAUUGACAUGAUGUAACAAGUAAUAGGCAGAAUAAAAAAGGAACAUUAAAAUUCUCAAUUCAGAUCGUCAGAUCGUUAUUAGUUUCAAAGAUUGCUUCUAAAACACAUUUCUUAGGUAACUUUUUCAUAUUUGCUUUCAUUUAUUGGUUACCAAAAACUAUGAUUUAUUACUCGAUUCUCAAAUAAAAUUUUCAAUCAAUCAUAGUGGGCAUGAACCGGUGACUAAUGAUGUUAAACUUCGAAUAUAAUUAACGUCCAAUUUGAAACAUGAGAAUAUAUUUACGAAAAAUUAUGGCGAGGAAGCCCUUGUUAUAGAUCUCCUUGCAUUUCCUUAUUAAUGUACAAGUCCAUUCAGACUUAUAUAGAAAAUAUAAGCGUAUGUGUGAUAGACUGUAUUCCCGGAUUGGAAUGGAGAGGUAUUGAUAUGUUGUAGGAGAUAUAAUUAUGUUGAAUGCGUUGUCGAGUUGUGAUUGGAUCAUCAGGUGGCGACAAUGUCUCAUAGCAAUAAUAAAGUGUUCUAAAGUUGUUUUUGAUUAACAAUAUUAUGUCACAAUGCAGAGACCGCGUCAAAACCAAGCAUUGAUCUGAUUCUAAAACUAGACAAUACUAUAAUGAUCUAAUAUACAACCCGAUAACGCACAUACAAAAACUAAUUUGAUACAUUCAAAAUAGUAUGAAUUUAAUGCUAAGAAAUGUUUAUAUGUAUCUUAGAAUAAUUUAAAUGUAAGCAAAUACAUCUGGUGGAAUUAGCCGUGAUCACCAAAAGAUUAAUUAUUAAUUUCCUAGAAGUUGUUACUGUUAAUUAUGAAGGUGCAGUCAUUGAAUUUUUAAUGAAUCAUCAUAUCGGUAUUUGUAACUGAUAUCGUAAAACCAAACCUGACAAAUAGAGAUAUUUUUGCCAAAAUAUUUUUUUCUUUUGUCACUAUUUCAACGAGCAAUAAUACUGUUUAUUUAAGUACUUAUAAGGCCACUGAUUCUAAUUUCUGCCGACCUUCGUAACGGAUAGUGUUUAGUACCAAUGUGCACUUGAUUUUUAUAAAUAUAAACUACGUAAUGUGUAUGUAGCUUAAUGUGGCUGGAUUUAGAAGUAAAAAAGAAAAGAUAUACUUGAUCAUUAACUUAUUUAAUAUAUUCUAAUAAAAAUAAAAAGUAAUAAUUAUAUUAUAAUCUUUAAAAUAUGUAAUUUUAAUGGUAGAAAUUUGUGAUUAUUGUCGUACCUAAUUUUAGAGAGCCCACGUUUAAUGGGCGUAAGUUAGAGUAAUGCGUUGGUUUUGAACUUGAUUCUAAAGUAAUAAGUAAUGUGGUUCCAUAAUAUUAGAAAAGUAACUAUUUAGUUUCAUUAAUAUUUUUGUAUUUCCUGCAAUUUUCUCCUUUCCUAAAUAGCAAUAUAGUAAUAAUUAAAUACUUAAAAUAUAAAAAUCCAGCAACAUUAGGUGAUUAAAAUGAAUAGUAUUGCUUUAGUAGUUCCUAUUCCCCUUUAUAUGUAUACUAACGCCUUGUACGGAUUCCUAUCCUACCUUUAACGAAACCUUUAUCUAUCGGCAUUGCUGUUAAGAAGGCUUGUAAUAUUUUGUACUAAACUAACAAUUAAUGUCUAGGGUUACUGUAAAAUUCUUAUUAGUUACAAUUUAAAUAAUAUCCUACCCUACUCCAUGAAAUACUAGGUUAAAAUAAUAUAUUUGUGAUGCAUUUUGUUAUGUAAACUAAAUCGAACUGGAAUGAUAUUGAUAGUUAUUUGUAGUUAAUGGAGUUUAUUUUCUACUCAUUGGUCUAAUUAUUUUGAAGCACUGCAUGAUUAGAAAUCAACUAAAGUCGAAUGGAACGAAUGCUUCGUGACCUUUCAUAUAAUGGAGUGUUGCGGAAAACUGUGCCCUUUGACUUUACUUUAAUCUUCUUUUCCAAUAGAUUAAGAUAUAUUUGUGUCUCAAAUACAAUAUAGAUAAUUGACAUACAAAAUUGACUGCAAUAAUUUCCUCAUAAGUUUUUAUUUCUUUACGCGCUGCUGAUGAGAUUCAUAUCAUAGAUAUAGUCAUAAAACUAGAUUGAAUUAAUUUGGUACCUCGCAUCUGCGCGUGGUCGUUGACUUGACUAUGUAUGCGCAUGGGCACGAUACUUGCUUCUACUUGGCGUCAAAUUAAUACAAUCAAGUCGUAGUGUCUAUUGCACUAUUUCUUUUGUUUAAUUGAUAAUGUAGAUCUUAGAUAAGUUAAUAAUUUGAAUUUAUUCACUGCCGAUGUUAAGCUUGUUCAGUGUUUUAAUUAAUAUUGUUCGUUUAUCAAUUCGUAGUUAUAAUUAGAUGAAUUCUUCCAGUAUCAUUCACUUGUUAUAACGUUCAUUUACUAUUAGCAAUGAGUUGUAUUACCAUAUAUGGAAUUUACAAGUGUGUUGUUCAUUAGCUACUGUUAUUGGUCGCUUAUAUUCUAGCCAAGUGAGCAGCGUGGUGUUGAUGCAUGUUCCGUGAUACGCAGCAAUACAUCAACCGUUGUUGCUUCCACUCAUUUUCCUAGAGGAUACGCGGCGAUAGUACAAUAAUGAUUGCUUCAGUAAAACGUAGAUCAAAGUACUAUUUUUGUAAGUCAGCGUUAAUUUCCCAACAGUUUUAUAAGAUUUGUACUGAGAUGUUCAUGUUGAUAAUGUUGCGGUCGAAUUACAGUUGUAACUACAGUAUUUUAACGGCUAUUUUCCUACAUAGCGGGGUGUUAUGAGACUUAAUAAUUUAUUUUGAAACGCGGGCUGCAACCCACUGCCCUAGAUAAUCCGUAGUGAUUGAGUGAAAUAUAAAAAUUGAACUUUGA